ACGUGUAUUUCUGUUAAGUUGAAAGGGGAUUCGGCUUAGUUAGAAUACGAUCGAGUAGACCGGCGAGUUGAGCAGAGUCGGAGCAAUGGAGCAUAGUCCGUACGGAGGUGGAGGAGGAGGGAGUUGGACGAUGAUCCCUACAAAUAUUCAGAGCCACAGUAACGUCUCUACGCCUUCGAAUCAGGACAAUCUGUACGUCCAUCACCAUCAACAACAAUUUCAACCCCAGCAAUCUCCGCUUUAUCAACAACAGCAGCCUCUUCUCAUUCAACAGCAACAGCAACAGCAACCGCAACCGCAACCGCAACAAACACCACCACCCCCACAACAACAACCCCAACAGCACCACCAGUCACUCGCUUCUCACUUUCACCUCUUCCAUUUGGUGUCGAAAUUAUCGGAGGCGAUUGACAAUGGAACUAGGGAUCAGCAAUCCGAUGCUUUGAUAAGCGAUUUGAAUACCCACUUCGAGAAGUGUCAGCAGCUGUUGAACUCCAUAUCCGGUUCAAUUAGCACCAAAGCCAUGACAGUUGAUGGGCAAAAGAAAAAACUGGAAGAGAGUGAGCAAAUGUUAAACCAGAGGAGGGAUCUAAUGAACAAGUAUAUACACUCUGUUCAAGCGCUGGUCAAGUCUCAGCCUUAGAUGCUGAUUAGCUUCUUCUGGAUAUGAAGCUUUAUUGCAGUAGAGCUGUAUCUGGUGUAUCAAGAGGGAGCCUCCUACCAAUAGGAAAAAAAAAAACUUUAGUUUUUAUUUUUAUUUUGUAUUGUUGUACAUUUAAAAAAGAAGCUUUCACCCAUCACCUCCUCAUAAUUAAUUAGUUAUGGGUGUUUCUAUUGACGCCAUUUUUUUUUCA